AUGGAUGACGUCAGCUGUGACGCAGACAGUCCUCCUGACAGCCCGCCCUUCCGCCCGCCUCCCUCCGCCGCCGCGCUGGCGGACGACGACGACGAGGGGGAGACGCUGCUGGGGGUGCGCGCCGCCUUCCCCGCGUCGUUUGGCCGGCAGGAGGAGCGCGUCACGCCGCUGGAGGCCGUGCACGCGCAGACGGCGCGCGCACACGCGGAGCGCGCCGGGGUGAAGGGGAAGAAGAAGGCUGGGGGGAUGAAGUUCAGCAUCGGGUCGAGCCUGGCGAAGAGGUUAGGCGACGGGGCUAAGGCAGGGCUGGGGGGAGCAGCGGCGGUGGGAGUGGCGGGCGCUGGAGGUGUGGCGGAGGGGGGAGGGGCAGUGAGAGUAGCGGAGGGUAUGGGCGGAGAGGUAGCGGGGGAACACAACUCGAGGGAGGCUGGUGGUAAUCCGCUUAGUGGCGGUGCUGGUGGGGCAAACGGGGAGGCGGGAAGGGCGAACGGGGGCGGGGGUGGGGCAAGAGCGGCCAGGGGUGGAGGACCAGCGGAUGGGCGGGGAGCAGCGGUGGUGCGGGGCGACGGCGAGGGGCAUGCGGUGAUCGGCCCUCCGCGCCCCCCGGGCCCCCUGGAGGACGGUGGUGGCGGGUUGAUUGGCCCGCCUGCCCCUGCUACUCGCGGCACACAGCAGCCCGGUGGGCGGAAGAAGGGCCGGGCAGCAGGGCGGCAGGAUGAGCAGAGGAGCGAUGGCAGUGAGGAGGAUGAUGAGGAGGAGGGCGCAGAGGCGGAGGAGGAGGACGAGUUUGGAGUGCCACUGAGCAAUGAGAUUGUGCUGGGGGGACACACCAAGGCGGUGGCAGCGCUGGCGGUGGACCCAACGGGCACGCGGGUGAUAAGUGGCAGCUACGACUACUCGCUGCGCUUCUACGACUUCCAUGGCAUGGACUCCUCCCUCAACUCCUUCCGCCAGGUGCUGCCGUGCGACGGCCACCAAGUGCGCGCCGUGUCCUUCAGCCCGUCGGCCGACCUCUUCAUUGUCGCCACCGGCAACGCGCAGGCCAAGGUGUACGACAGGGACGGGCGCAGCAAGGGCGAGUUCGUGAGGGGCGACAUGUACAUCCGCGACCUGCGCAACACCAAGGGGCACAUCGCUGGGCUCACCACCGCGCAGUGGCACCCCUGCGAGCGCCACUCGGCGCUCACGGCGUCCGAUGAUGGCUCGCUGCGCAUCUGGGACGUGCGCGACUUCAAGUCGCAGACCAAGGUGGUGAAGCCGAAGCUGGCGCGGCCGGGGAGGGUGGCGGUGACAGCAGCGGAGUGGGGCCCCGAUGGCCGCAUGGUGGCUGCUGGCCUCAACGAUGGCUCGCUGCAGGUGUGGAAUGUGAGGACAGGGUGGGGGUCGCUGCCGGACCUGCUGUGUGCCGAUGCGCAUCAGAGGGGCGACGACAUCACGGGGCUCGCCUUCUGCUCCGAUGCCUCCCUGCUCGUCUCCCGCUCCAUGGAUGGCAGCAUGAAGGUGUGGGACGUGCGCAAGUUCAAGCAGCCAGUGAAGGUGUUCACCGACCUGCCCAACCACUACCAGCAGACCAACGUGGCAUGGAGCCCCGACGAGCGCCUCUUCUUCACCGGCUCCUCCGCUGAGAAGGGCGGGCGGGGUGGGCAGCUGCACUUCUACUCCAAGGAGUCGCUGGACCUCGUGCGCGUCACGGGCGUGUCUUCCGACCAGAGCGUUGUGCGCGUGCUGUGGCACGCACGCCUCAACCAGAUAUUCGCCACAUGUGGCGACAAGAAGGCGGGCGGCACGCACAUCCUCUACGACCCCACACUCAGCGAGCGUGGUGCCCUCGUGUGCGUGGCACGUGCCCCCCGCGCCGCACGCCCCGAGGACCUGUGUGCGCGCGUGGCGGCGCCCGCCAUCCGCAACCCGCACGCGCUGCCGAUGUUCCGCGACGAGCCGAGCCGCAAGCGGCAGCGCGAGAAGGCGCGCAAAGACCCCGUGGCGAGCCAGCGGCCCGACCUGCCCAUGGACGGGCCGGGGCACGGCGGGCGCGUGGGGCAGACCAAGGGCACCCUGCUCACCCAGUACCUCCUCCGGGAGGGCGGGAUGCUGAAGGAGACGUGGAUGGAUGAGGACCCAAGAGAGGCCAUCCUCAAAUACGCGGAUGCGGCGGCCAACGACCCGCAGAUCAUUGCGCCCGCCUACGCUGCCACUCAGCCCACAACGCUGUUCCACGAGUCCGAUGACGAGGACAAGGACUAG